AUGACUGUCAAGUUCGUGUUAUUCGAUGUCUCAACUGACCUUGUCGAUGAGUGGCGACAGGCUUUUGCAGCCCUUGUACCCCAAGAAUGUCAGGCCCAAGUCACUAUACUCGAAAGUACUCUCUCACCUCUCAAACCUCCCAAUACACAUUUCGAUUGCGUCGUCUCUCCUGCCAACUCCUUCGGUAGAUUUGAUGGCGGCUUUGACCAGAUCCUCUCCGAUGUGCUAGCUCCUCCCGAUGAUCCGUCAGCCCUCACGAGUGCUGCCCAAGAGGACCCUGGAUAA